AUGCAACACAUCCAUGAUUCCGACGAGUUGCCAAAUAACACCAGUACGUACAGUACCAUGGCAUCCGGUGCUUCACGAACCGUCAGGUUUCAGAACGACGUCGACGUGAAGCACUUCAGAGCGAGCCCUCUCGAGAGCCCGCAACCACCGCCGGGCAGAAAGCGCAGCAGGUCCCAUGACCCGAGGCGGUGCUGGCCGGGAUCCCGUGACUCCCCGGAGAAACCGCGCGCGCGCACGAGCGGCGGCAGGGCCCUCAAAGACAGGGUGCUGUCGCGGGCCUUCUCGGAGGAGCUGGAGUCGCUGAUGCACGCCGGCGGCGACCGCCACCUCUUCUUCUUCUUCGACCCGCGCGGGCAGGUGAUCCACCGGUGGCACAAGGUGUUCCUGGCCGCCUGCCUCGCGUCGCUCUUCGUGGACCCGCUCUUCCUGUACCUGACGGGGACGCGGCGGGACGCGUGCGUCGGCUUCGACUACUCGCUGGCGCUCACGCUCUCCAUGAUACGCUCGCUGCUGGACGUCUUCUACGCAGCGCACAUCGUCAUCCGCUUCCGCACCGCCUUCAUCGCGCCGUCCUCGCGGGUGUUCGGGAGAGGGGAGCUCGUUAUCAACCCGUACCAGAUCGCCAGGCGGUACCUUGCAUGGACCUUCUGGUUCGAUCUGUUCACCGCACUACCACUGCCGCAGUUUGUGUUGUGGGUGGUGGUGCCGAAGCUGAGGGAAUCCGCGAUCACAAACAUAAAGAACGUGCUCCGCUUUAGCAUCAUUUUCCAGUACCUGCCGCGGCUGCUACAGAUCUUCCCGCUGACGAGGCGGAUCGUGAUGGCGACAGGGGUCAUGACCGAAAACGCCUGGGCCGGAGCAGCCUACAACCUCAUACUCUACAUGCUAGCCAGCCACGUGCUGGGAGCACUGUGGUACCUCUUCUCGGUGCAGCGGCAGGAGUCGUGCUGGCGGCAGGCGUGCCGCGUCGAGGGCCCGCCGUGCCAGGACCGCUUCUUCGACUGCACGAGCACGGUGAGCAGCAACCGGAGCGUCUGGUACGCGCUCACCAACGUCACCAGGCUCUGCGCCCCCGGCAACAACGGCUUCUACCAGUUCGGGAUCUUCGGCGAGGCGCUGGACGCGCAGCUCACCACCUCCUCCUUCACGCACAAGUACUUCUACUGCUUCUGGUGGGGGCUCAAGAACCUCAGCUGCCUGGGCCAGAACCUCAACACCAGCCUCUCCAUCGGCGAGAUCAGCUUCGCCAUCGUCAUCGGCGUCCUCGGCCUCGUGCUCUUCGCGCUGCUCAUCGGCAACAUGCAGUCCUACCUCCAGGCCACCAUGGUGCGGCUGGAGGAGUGGCGGACCAAGCGCACGGACAUGGAGCGCUGGAUGCAGCACCGCCAGAUCCCGCAGCCGCUCAAGGAGUGCGUCAGGCGCUACCACCAGUACAAGUGGGUGGCCACCCGCGGCGUCGACGAGGAGGCGCUGCUCGAGGACCUCCCCAUGGACAUCCGCCGCGACAUCAAGCGCCACCUCUGCCUCGACCUCGUCCGCCGGGUGCCGCUGUUCGACGAGAUGGACGAGCGCAUGCUGGAGGCCAUCUGCAAGCGCCUGCGCCCGGCGCUCUACACGCGCGGCACUCGGCUGGUGCGGGAGCUGGACCCCGUCGACUCCAUGCUCUUCAUCAUCAGGGGCCACCUCGACUCCAACACCACGCAGGGCGGGAGGUCCGGCUUCUUCAACUCGUGCCGCAUCGGGGCGGGGGAGUUCUGCGGGGAGGAGCUGCUGACGUGGGCGCUCGACCCGCGGCCCGCCGAGGCGCUGCCGAGGUCCACGCGCACCGUGCGCGCCGUCUCCGAGGUCGAGGCGUUCGCGCUCGUCGCCGAUGACCUCCGCUUCGUCGCCUCGCAGUUCCGCCGCCUGCACAGCGCGCGCAUCCGCCACAGGUUCCGCUUCUACUCCCACCAGUGGCGCACCUGGGCGGCGUGCUUCAUCCAGGCCGCAUGGCGCCGCCACAAGCGCCGACGCGCGUCCAUGGAGCUCAGGGUGCGCGAGGGCGGCAGCGAGGCGUGGCCGGGAGGGAGCGUCAGGCGCCGUCGGCACAGUUGCGACGGCAAGGCGCUCAAGAAACCCACGGAGCCGGAUUUCACGGUGGAGCAAGAGGAAUGA